GAAAGCAAGGCAGGAGUUUCUUGCUGAGCCAACCUAAGGGAGAUAGAAAGCUUCUUGAUUUGGGAUCCUCUAGUUUAGCAUUGAAAUCUGGGGCAGUGAUGGUCCGUGGUUUCUAAAAGGUCUUUCCCAGCCCUGUCUGGAUGUGCCAAGACUGUCUUGGAGACCUUGUGCUUCAGAAUGGAUUCUCUAUCGCUGUGCCAAGGCACUUCUUAUUUUCUAAAGUUCAGUUUAUCAGCCGCUGGAACAUUUCCCAAGCAUGUGAAAAUAGUGGAGGUCGGUCCACGGGAUGGCUUGCAGAAUGAAAAGAAUAUUGUUCCCACCCAGGUGAAAAUUGACUUAAUCGACAUGUUGUCAGAGACUGGUCUCUCCGUUAUAGAAGCCACCAGUUUUGUCUCUCCAAAAUGGGUACCACAG